CCAGCUACUGAAUCAGCUGCGUGAAAAAAUCAAUACUGCGCGCGUUACAUGAAUUCAUUCCGCAUUUACACUCUAUCGUGACAUAAAUACACCUUUAAUGUGAGUGCUUUGUACACUUUCAUCCUCAAAUAUAGUUGUUUUAUUGAAAAUUUGUCAUAAUUUUAAGUGAACAGCGCUAAUUACACUGACGAAAUUAAAUUAACACCGCAGUGAACGUAGCCACAGGUGUAAUUGCUGCAUUAGAUCAAGAACGCACCAGAUGGCGCAGUAGUACUCGUGAUGUUGUUACAUACCGUAUGGGCGUGUGAGUGCUUGUGUAAAAAAAAUAGUGUUUUGUGUUGUUUUAAGCGCUAAUGGAGAACGGAAACGGUAAACAGACUGCAAUGUAAAGAAGAUUUGUACAGAAACCACGCCCCACGAGUGCCUUACAAACGACUAGUGCCUAAUAUAUUUAGUUUACGAUUAGCUACGAACGAUACGAAGAGACGAUACGCGAAUAUUUUGGUACCAACUGACAAUCCAUCACCGCAAACACCGGGGCAGUCGUGACGAAGCCUGCGCGACCGCAUCGAGGACGCACUGCACCACAACUGGCGACGGCUGACCGCCACACGCAGCAGUACAGUCGAGUCGCGCCCGCGGGUCCGGUCGUUCAGCCAGGAGCGGCCGCGCCGCCGCCGGCCCAGCGCCACCUCGCUAGACCUACAGCCAGACUCCGACAGAGUCUAUCACACUGCUACUAUACACAGAGCCCACUCCCUAAGCAAGAUGGCGGCUCUAUCCCUGAAGAUAUCUAUCGAGGGUGGCAAGGUGGUGAAGACCAUACAGUUCGACCCCUCCACCACUGUGUACGACGCCUGCCGCAUCAUCAGAGAGAAGAUCCUGGAAGCCAGCAGUGGUGACCCAAAAGAAUACGGCCUCUUCUUAGCGUCAGAAGAAGACAACAAGAAGGGAAUAUGGCUAGAAGCUUCCAGAAGCCUGGACUACUACAUGUUGAGGAAUGGAGACCUUCUGGAGUAUAAUAAGAAGACCAGGAAUUUGAGAGUCCGUAUGUUAGACGGCACGGUAAAGACCCUCCUAGUGGACGACAGCCAGGUGGUGGCCAACCUGAUGGUGGUCAUCUGCACCAAGAUCGGCAUCACCAACUACGACGAGUAUGGACUGGUCCGAGAGGAACAGAAAGAGGAGGUGGAUCCUUGCGAGAAGCCAAACUUCGGCACCCUGACCCUGAAGCGCAAGCACCAGGAGAAGGAGCGAGACGCCAAGAUGGAACAGCUCAGGAAGAAGCUCAGGACUGAUGAUGAAGUGAACUGGGUGGAGCCAUCAAAGACGCUCCGCGAGCAAGGCAUAGACGUGACGGAGACUUUACUGCUGCGGCGCAAGCUGUUCUUCUCGGACCGCAACGUGGACUCGCGCGACCCCGUGCAGCUCAACCUGCUCUACGUGCAGGCCCGGGACGCCAUCCUCGACGGCACGCACCCUGUUACUAUGGACAAAGCUUGCGAGUUCGCGGGCAUCCAGUGUCAAAUACAGUUUGGAGACCACAGGGAGGACAAACAUACUCCCGGAUUUUUGGACCUGAAAGAGUUCCUGCCGGCGUCGUACGUGAAGGUCAAAGCUAUUGAGAAGAAGAUCUUCAAGGAGCACAAGCGGCACGUGGGGCUGAGCGAGCUGGACGCCAAGGUGCUGUACACCAAGAGUGCCCGCGACCUCAAGACUUACGGCGUCGCCUUCUUCUUGGUCAAGGAAAAGAUGAAAGGCAAGAACAAGCUGGUGCCUCGCCUGCUGGGAGUGACGAAGGACUCGGUGCUGCGCCUGGAUGAGAAGACCAAGGAGAUCCUGCAGACCUGGCCGCUCACCACCGUGCGCCGCUGGUGCGCCAGCCCCAAUACCUUCACUCUGGACUUUGGAGACUAUAGCGACCAGUACUACAGCGUGCAGACGACGGAGGCGGAACAGAUACUGCAAGUGAUAGCCGGGUACAUCGACAUCAUCGUCCGCAAGCAGCGCGCCAAGGACCAUCUCGGCAUCGAGGGGGACGAGGGAUCCGCCAUGUUGGAGGACUCUGUCUCGCCUUCCAAGGCCAACAUCAUCCAACACGACACGUUCAAAUCCGGCAAGGUGAACACCGAGUCCGUGGCCAAACCCGCCGUGCACCGCCCCGGCGCUGAAGGAGCGAAGCCGUUUGCCGUGAACCACGUGACGAGCGCCCAGCAGACCACCGUCUCGGGCCAGAUCAUUACCGGACACACGCCGCCCGCCGCGUCCCAGGUGCAGCAGACGCGCGUGACGUCGAUCCUGUCGGAGCCGCAGCGCGCGCUGCUGUCCACCAUCUCCAGCGGAGUGGAGAUCAUCAAACACACCGAGGAGGGACUCACCAGGGCGACGCUGCCCGCGCUGGGCCAGGACGCGGCGUCAGUGAAGUGGAAGCAGGUGACGAUGGACACCAACAAGCAGGUGGUCACCUCGCAGAUCGCCGCCAUGAACGCAGCCACCGCGCAGGUCGUCACACUCACCUCGGGUACGGAGGAAGUAGACCACACGGCAGUGGGGGCAGCUAUCACCACAAUCACCACCAACCUGCCGGAGAUGACCAAGGGGGUGCAGAUGAUCGCCGCGCUCAUGGACGACGGCGACCACGGAGACAAACUCCUGGACGCCACCAGGAAGCUCUGCACAGCAUUCACUGAUCUGCUGAAGGCUGCUGAGCCUGAGACUAAAGAGCCACGCCAGAACCUCCUGAACGCCGCCUCCCGCGUCGGCGAAGCUUCAACCACCGUCCUCUACACCAUCGGAGAGGAAACCGAGGAGGACAAGGAGACACAGGACAUCCUGCUGUCGCUGGCGAAGGCGGUGGCGAACACGACGGCGGCGCUGGUGCUGAAGGCGAAGAACGUGGCGGCGCAGUGCCGCGAGGACCCGCCGCUGCAGAACUGCAUCAUCGCCGCCGCCACGCACUGCGCGCUCGCCACCAGCCAGCUCGUGGCCUGCGCCAAGGUGGUGGCCCCGACGCUGCAGAACCCGCAGUGCCGGUCGCAGCUGUCGGCGGCGGCGCGGCAGGUGGCGGGCGCCGUGCAGCGCCUGCUGGACGCCUGCAGCGGGGCUCCGCCCCCGGCCGCGCCCGCCGUGGACUCGCUCACCGCCGCCGCGCACAACGUCACGCAGGAGCUCGAGAGGCUGCUGGCGCACUGCGAACUGGAGCGUCGUGUAACAGGCACGGUAUCGGAGCGGUCUGUGGAGAGCGUGAUGUGCGCCAGCGAGCGCGUGGUGGCGGCCGCCGACCCCGGGGACAUGGUGCGGCACGCCAGGCUGCUGGGGCAGGCCACCGCGCAUCUCAUCACCAACAUCAAGACGGAGGCAGAGAAGCAGCCGUCGGAAGGGCAGCGCAAGUUGUUGGCGGCGGCCAAGUUACUGGCCGACGCUACGGCGCGCAUGGUCGAGGCUGCCAGGCAGUGCGCGUCCGAGCCACAGGACCGCGAGAAACAAGAGGCGCUCCGCAAGGCGGCGGAAGAACUGCGCUACAUCACCGUAGACUACGCACAGGGACAGGACAUCGUCGGAUCCCAGGUCGCACGCCUACAGGAGAGCGCCCGGCAGGCGGCGUCGAGCGCGACGCAACUGAUCACAUCGGCUCACAACGCUACACACUACAAUACCAACAAGUAUACACAGGAGACCCUGAUGGAGGAGUGCAAGUCGCUGGGCGAGCAGAUCCCGCGCGUGGUGGACGCCGUGAAGGUGUCGGGGCUGCGCCCCCAGGACCCCGCCGCCACGCUCGACCUCAUCUCCGCCUCCGAGGCAUUCCUACAGCCAAGCGGGCACGUGAUAGCGGCGUCCCGCGGCGCGCUGCCGACGGUGGGCGACGGGCCCACGGCCAAACACCUGGCCGACACCACGCACUCCUUCACCACCAGCGCUGCAGACCUCAGAUCAGCAGUAGGCCGCGCUCGCAUCUCCUGCAAAGGUCUGGAGCUGGAUGCUGCAGCGGAGAUCAUCAAGUCUCUUCAGGCUGAAUUGGACGAGUUGGAGGAGGCUGCCAGGGCGCUGGAACUGAGGCCACUGCCCUCACAGACGCCGGAGUGGGCAUCCUCGACCCUGAAGACGGCGUCCCGGCUGUCAGCGUCCCACACGGCGGCGCUGGUGUCGGGCGCGCGGCGCGGGGAGCACGCCGCCUGCGCGCGCGCCGCCGGGGACCUCGCGCAGUCGCUGCGGGACUUCAACGCGGGCAUACGGGCCACCGCCGCGCUGCUGCCUGACCAAGGCAGGAGGGACAAAGUAAUAACAUCAGGCCGCCAAGUCCUGUACUCGUCGCAGACGCUGGUGGAACACGUGAAGCGGUCCCUCACCACCUCGGAGACGGUGGACACCACCUCGCUCAUGUCCAUCGCUAAGGACAUCUCACAGGGCCUGGAGUCGACCCUGGAAGCAGUUCCAUCGCACACGGAGCUGGACGUGGCCAUGGAGAACAUCAACGAGACCCUCAACAUCCUCAACAUGGGAGAGUUCCCGCCCUCCGACAGGAGCUACGGCGAACUGCAAUCAGAACUGAACGCUGCAGCAGUGGGACUGAGCAGUGCCUCCUCAGCAGUGGUAGACCGCGUGGACCGGCCCAGCGACCUGGCCGCCGCCGGGGCUGACUUCGGAGACGCCUUCAACAGGCUGCUGGGCGUCAGCAUGGAGAUGGCGGGACAUACUGAGGACCGCGACGCGCAGACCCUGAUGGUGAGCUCCAUGAAGAGCGUCACCGUCAACUCGUCCAAACUGCUCGGCACUGCCAAGUCCGUCAGCCAGGACCUGACCCGGCCCAACGCCAAGAACCAGUUAGCGGCCGCCGCACGCGCCGUCACCGAGAGCAUCAACCGACUUGUGGACGUGUGUACAUCCGCGGCCCCGGGUCAGAAGGAGUGCGAGGCGGCCAUCCGCAGCAUCCGCAGCACCCUGCCACUACUGACGGCGCCCACGCAGCCAUUGACGGAGCUGGGGUACUUCGCCUGCCUCGACGCCGUCGUCGACCAGAGCAAGAGUCUCAGCGAGGGCAUGUCCCUGAUGGCGAGCUCGGUGAAGCGCAGCGAGGCGGAGCAGUUCAGCCGCGCCGUGGCCACCGUCGCCACCGCCGUGCAGGGACUCGUCGAGUGCACCGCGCAGGCCGCGUACCUGGUGGCAGUAUCAGACGAGACGAGUGUAGCAGGUCGGCCAGGGCUGGUGGACCAGGCGCAGUUCGCGCGGGCCGCGGUGGCCAUCGACCAGGCCUGUCGGGCGCUCUGCGACUCUUCUAGCAACCAGCAACAGGUGCUAUCGGCGGCGACAGUAAUAGCGAAGCACACGAGCGCUCUAUGCAACGCGUGUCGCGUGGCGUCGGGGCGCACGGCGGACGCGGGCGACAAGCGACACUUCGUGCAGGCCGCCAAGGACGUCGCCAACUCCACCGCCGCGCUCGUCAAGGAGAUCAAGGCGCUCGACACCGACUACAGCGAGGCCAACCGGUCCCGUUGCGCGGCGGCGACGGGUCCGCUGCAGGACGCCGUGCGCAGCCUGUGCCAGUUCGCCGACAGCCCCGAGUUCGCCUCCAUCCCCGCCAAGAUAUCGCCGCAGGCCCGCAACAACCAGGAGGCCAUACUGGAGUGUGGCAGGAACAUAAUCUCGGGCUCGUGUUCGAUGCUGGAGUCUGCGCGGCAGCUGGGCGUGUCGCCCGCGGAGCGCUCCCACUGGCAGCAACUGGCGCUGCACAGCAAGACCGUCUCCGACAGCAUCAAGGGACUCGUCGCCAACAUCAAAGACAAGGCGCCGGGCCAGCGGGAAUGCAUCGCUGCAUUAGACACCCUGAACCGGCAGCUGCGUGAGCUGGACCAGGCCGCCAUGCAGGCUGUCGGGCAGGAACUGGUGCCCAGGAAGAACAAUACGCUGCAAGGGUACACGGAGCAGAUAGAGAACAGCGCGACGGAGAUGCUGGAACGCUUGGAGCCGCUGCGGGUGGCCGCCAACCAGGAGGCAGAGAACCUCGGACACGCCGUCGUACAGCUGGUAUCAUACGCGGAGCCCCUAGUAACGGGCACGGUGGGUGCGGGUUCGAAUCUGUCGGAGUCCAGUACCCAGGGCGCCCUGUUCGAGCACGCGCGCACUGUAUUGGAGACCCUGGCGCUGCUCGUGCAGGAUGCCAGGACUGCUGCUGGGAACCCACGGGCGGUAUCAGCGCACAGCAAGGUGGACAUGCAGGUGUCGCAGUGCCGCUCCGCGCUGGCCGAGCUGCAGGCGCAGGUUCGAGAGCUGAGCGCGGCGCGCGGCGCCAUCGGACCCUUGCUGGACACCAUGCAGCGGGCCAUCGCCCGGCUUACUGAGCACAGAAUGUCUCUGAUCGGUUCGUACGACGAGUCGGACUCGUACGUGGACUAUCAGACGCGCAUGGUGGGCGCCGCCAAGGAGAUCGCCAGGCUCGCUACUGACAUGACGGCGAAGUCGGCGACGGACGCGAGCCGGCUGGUGCAGCUGGGCAACGAGAUGUGCCAGCGGUACGAGCAGCUCGCGCAGGACAGCGACAGCGUCGGCGCCUCCGCCACCACGCCCAACUCCGACAUCGCCAACAGGAUCCGCGUGGCAGUGGUAGAGCUGGGCGAGGGCGUGUCGGAGCUGAUCAAGGCGGGCGGCCACUGUCGCCUGUCCGCCAUCCCGCAGAACCAGCGCGCCGUCGCUGAUAGCGCCAAGAUUGUCAACGAGAAGGUGAUAGCAGUGCUGGGCGCGCUACAAGCCGGGUCCCGCGGCACGCAGGCGUGCAUCGACGCCGCCGCCACCAUCGCCGCCAUCAUCGGGGACCUCGACACCACCAUACUCUUCGCCAGCGCUGGUACUCUCCACUCAGAGAAAGAAUCAGACACGUUCUCCGACCACCGGGAGAAUAUCCUGAAGACUGCGAAGACUUUGGUGGAAGACACCAAGACCCUCGUCGGAGGAGCAGCCGGUACCCAGGAACAACUGGCCACUGCUGCGCAGAGUUCUGUCAGUACUAUAGUGCAACUAUGUGAGGUAGUGAAGCUAGGCGCGAUGUCGCUGGGCAGCCGCAACCCGGAGCCCCAGGUGCUGCUGCUGAACGCGGCGCGGGACGUGGCCGGAGCCCUGCGGGACCUGGCCGCCGCCACCACGGCCGCCUCGGGCAAACACGUCGCGCACCCCGACAUGCAUCGCCUCAAGCACGCUGCCAAGCGACUGUCUGACGCGACGCGCCGCUGGAGCCUCCCCCUCAAAGCCACCACCAUCCCCCGCCCCAACCGCCGCUCCACCAUACUCCGACUCGACUAUAACUCCGCAGACUCCGAAACUGACAUAUUCCAAUCAGACCAGGAAGAUGAGCUGGUCAAACUCUUGGACUACUCCAGCCAGGAUGAUGACGUCUCCCCCACUAUAUUCCAUGAUAAUUGUGAGGAAAUCAUCACGUAUAUUGAGAAUAAGAUGGCUAUACCACCCGUCAGGAGCCUUAAGAAUGAUGACCUGAAUGAAAGAUACAACCUUGCUGCUAAAAACAGCCUCCUAGACAUGGAUUGGCGAGUACUCAAAUAUGGGGAAAAUAUACUACUAGGGGAAGUAAAAAAACUAGUCGAUAUGGUCCAUGAUUUAGGGGACAGAGAAGAAAAUAAAAGAAAGGUAGAUAAGAUCCAGAGAAUGAAAGCUAACAAUGAUUUGGACACAGAAAUGAAAAGAUUAUCCGCAGUUAUAGAAAACUUGGACACGAUAGAAAUCAAUGUCACGACAGAAGUCAAAAUUGAGACGGUACCUAACAAGAAGCCUAAACUAGACGAUGUUAAGCUCACUAGUCCAGUCUUCAAAGUCAAGAAAGUCAGACCAGUCAGUUUGGAUGUCCAGACUCCUUCUCCAGAAGCCACAGAGGCUGCCAAAGAGCUACUAAGUCCUGAGGAGAAGCAGAAAGAUGAGAGCAUGGAGAUCGUGGUCAAACCUGAUGUUAAGACCAGGGACACAACAGACGUAAGCACCAUGACCAGAAAAGUCAAAAUGGAAUUCUGGAAAAUGUUCAAAGAUGACACUGAAUGGUGGAAAGCUUUAGCCAAGAGGAAUCUGGAGAAAAUGGAGGAAACCAGGCGAGAACUGGAGAGGUUCAGUGGACAUGAGCUCGUAUUGGGUGAAUUCCAAACUCAACUGGACAGGUUUGAGAAAGAGAAGCAUACACUACAAGACUUUAUCGAAGAAGUUGACAAAUCCAAAGCCGUCAACCAAGAUCUUGAGUACAACAAGAAAUACGAAGACAUGGUGCUCAAACUAAUAGAGUUUGCGAAAAAGGACUUUAUUUACAAAGGCUUUGAUCCUUUAAUCGAACAACUUAAAGCUCUAUCCAACAUCAAAAUCGAUAGAAAGAAAAAGGUAGACAUACAAGAGAUACUGAACAUAUACUCGCAAAUAGACACGAGUAAAUACACGUAUGAAGAACUCUGUCUACUAGAGAGAUACUACAAAGAGAUUAUAAGGAAAUACAAAAAAGACUUCAGAGAUAAAGAAAACAUUAUACCGGAGAACAGACAAAACGUACACACGACAAACAGCUUACAUAGAAACAUUAACAUUAAUAAAACUGUAAUAUACAACACGGAUACUAUGAAAAGCACGCGAUCGAAUCCGGAGAAGAACCGGCAUUCAAUAGAAAUCAUGGACCUAACUAGAACUUAUCCAAUGCAGUACUACGCCAACAACUGGUGGACUAUCUACGAAGAUGUUCUCAAAAGCAGGGAACAACAAUUCGGCUCUAUAGACAAUUGGUGGCAGGUCUAUGAAAGAAUCCUUAAUAAAACAGAGACUAAAGAAGAUUUGGAGAGAUUCCAGUCUUUAAUGAGAAGCCAGUCUCGCUCCAGACCCAGUUCUCGCAUGGAGGAGCAGCUGAGAAUGCUGGAUGAGAUCAGGAAUGAUAGGUUUAAGGAGACCGAAGAUGUGACCAGAAAGGAUGAUGAAUCGGUGAUGGUGACGAACGUGACGUCACUGCUGAAGACCGUGAAGGCUGUGGAGGAUGAGCAUACAAGAGGCACCAGGGCGCUGGAGUCCACCAUCGAAGCCAUCUCGCAGGAGAUUGAGGUGCUAAUGUCAUCAACGCCGCCCAAGUCCACGGCGACUCCCGAGGAGUUGAUCCGCUGCACGCGGCAGAUGACGGUGGCCACGGCGCGCGCCGUCGCCGCCGGGAACGCCAACAAGCAGGACCAGCUCACCGCCGCCGCCAACCUGGGCAGGAAGACCGUGGUCGAUCUACUCGUGGUCUGCAAGGGCGCAGCGCACGCAGCAGAGACCCCGGAACUGCGCACCCGUACACUAGAGGCGGGUCGUGCGGCGGCGGCGGCGUACCGCGCGCUGCUGGGCGGCGUGCUGGCGGCGGCGGGCGGCGACGCGGGCGCCCGCCACUCGCUGCCCGACCUGUCGCGGCACGUCGCGCAUACCACCGCCGAUAUCAUCGCCACUGCUGAACUGCUCAAAGGUUCAGACUGGGUAGACCCGGACGACCCGACAGUAAUAGCAGAGAACGAACUGCUGGGUGCCGCGGCCUCCAUCGACGCAGCCGCCAAGAAACUCGAGUCUCUACGUCCUAGGAAGAGCGUCAAAGUACAGGAGGCGGACGAGAGCCUGAACUUCGACGAGAUGAUCCUGGAGGCUGCCAAGUCCAUCAUCACCGCCACGUCCGCGCUCGUACGCGCUGCCUCGGCCGCGCAGAGGGAACUUAUUGACCAGGGCAAGGUAGCGCGUCGCCCCACCUCAUCGUCGGACGACGGCCAGUGGUCCGAAGGUCUGAUCAGCGCAGCCAGGCUGGUGGCUGCCGCAGCGCACUCCUUGGUGGAGGCUGCGAAUGCACUGGUGCAGGGAGCCGGCUCGGAGGAGAGGCUCAUAUCUAGCGCCAGGCAGGUCGCCUCCUCCACUGCUCAGCUGUUGGUGGCUUGUAAGGUGAAAGCCGACCCCUCAUCGGAGUCGACCCGUCGCCUGCAGGCGGCCGGCGCGGAGGUGAUCCGGUCAACCGACAACCUGGUCCGCGCCGCCCGGGACGCCAUCCACACGGAGGACGAGCGCAGCCUCGUGCUCAAUAGGCGCAUGGUCGGAGGCAUCGCGCAGGAGAUUGAUGCCAGAUCCGAAGUCCUCCGCAUAGAGAAGGAGUUGGAGGAGGCUCGCGGGCGCCUGACGGCCAUCAGACAGGCCAAGUACAAGCUACGGGCCGGAGAGACCUCGGGCGAGGACACCGACACCGACCUGCAGCUCGGCUACACCAGCGAUACUGCGCCACACAGAUUCAAAACCCCAAACAGCAGCUUCGCGAACACAACCUACAGUCCAAACAGCACAUACUCCCCCCACGCAAACACAACGCACACGACGCACAACACGACCAACAUCAGCUCGCACAUAUCGCAGCUGAACCACUCCAUCCACGGCACGCCAGCCAAGAGCCCCGUCUCACCAGGCUACUACUCCACUCCGAAGAGUCCUACAGUACCGGCUCGACCUGAGCAGUACAGUCAGACUUUUAGCCAGGAGAAGACCCAGUCUCGACCUGAUCAGUACAACCAGAGCUUCCAAGAAAAGCAGUAUACUGUUCAAAGUCCAUCAUUCUCCAGCUUCCGGCCUGCUGAGGAGCCGAAGCAGAAUUAUGAAGGAUUUACUACUCGAGUAUCUUCCAAUGACAGAACGAUGAACGAACAGACAAGCAUAGAGGAGGUCACAGUAAGGUCCCUAACCCUCCCUGAAGUGAGGACGGCACACCUAGUGGGAGAGGAACGCGUCCCCUACAAGAGGGAGAGGGCCCCUCCUCCGCCGCCGCGCAGGGCCUCGCUUCUUAGCUACGAGACUCGGCUGUACGACACCCCGCGCCCCCUACACGAGACAACAACAGAACGCCAGGAAACACUCUACGACUACAAGGAACAAAAGUACGGCUAUGAACCUCCUAAGACUCCCCUCAGCCCAAAAUUCAACGCCAGAGAACUCAAAUUCGAUGACAAAGAACCCAUCUACUCAACCUUGAAGAAACCUUUCGAUGGUGUAGGACAAACCUUCUCUGAACACCAGAAGUCCACAGAAGCCAUCCCUGGAGGUAUGAAGCACUCUGAAUUUAAAGUCCACAGCGAGUCCUACCAGUCAUAUCCUAAAACUGAGUACAGUAAGACAGAAUUUCGCGAAGAAGUCAAAUCUCCCUUCGCUUCCACGCCUAAAUUUGAUCGGUCUACUGAGCUGGUGAAGGCAGCUACUCCAGACUAUGACAGGAUCGCGUCUCCGUACAAAGAAAGCACUAGUUAUGGCGGUCCGAACUACAUGGAGGAAACCACGACAGAGGUAAAAGAAAUACCAAACGGUACGCAGAAAAUCACCACCACCAAAAUCUACAGUUCGUCCCCAGUGAACCUUACCACGACUAGUACGAAGUAUGAACCUAUCAGGCUUGAUGGCAUCGAUGAACUAUCCAAGUCAUUCGAUAAUGACUCCAAAUACAGCACUUUGGACUCUCGCUUCAACACCUUAGAGUCGAAAAUGAGUUCGGAUACCAGCCGGUCUUUCAUGAGACCCUCAGAGUUCCAAUCUUCUGACUACCAAACCACGACUAAUGUUACUAAAGUGAAAAAGCCAUCGGAUUUGGUGAAGGAGAUCGAUUCUCUGGACAAGAAGUUCUCGAAGCAGACGAUUACUUCGGAGACCAUCGAGAGGAAGUCGGUGAUGACCAGCUCACACAAGUCGGAGUCAUCGUCCACCAUCACCAAGAAAUUUGGCAAUUUCUAAGGUCUGUCCAAUUUUCAUGUGAAAUGCUUCCUUACUGCCAGAGAAAAACCUCGAAAAAUAAUCUAGUGUAAACUCUCAUGUGAUUUUUUUUUACUUUACCGUUUUUUACCGCGGUAAAAUUGUUGUUUUUACCGCGGUAAAAAACUUCGAAAUUUUAUUUAGUGUGUUCGAGGUUUUUACUUUUUACCGUAUGUCGUAGCUUAAGUGUUGAAUUAUAAAAAGGACUAUGCACGUUUUUGAAAAGUACUUUGGAAAAUUAUUUAUUAAUUAAUUAUUAAUAAUAUUUGUAGUUUUGUAAAUUGAUCGUUUUCUAAAAAUUCUUAAAAAAUUGUUUGACACAUAUUUUCACUUUUUUCUCCAUUUUUGAUUAUGAACAGGGUAUAACAGGUCUCGAAAGGAUAUGUUGGCGGGCGACCGAAAGUCCGUCCGUUCGAAUCUCAUCAACGGUAAAAAGUAAAAAGUCAAAAUAUAUGUCAAACAAACAAAUUUGUAAAGAAAAAUGUUUUAAAAAAUAACAAAAAUGUAUAUUAAAAUUUAAAAUGUGUUGUUUUUGAUCUAACACAAAUAUUUAUUGAAAGAGCUAUAAAUACUAACGGAAAAUGAACUAUAGUACGUUGUAAUAAGAGAUAUAUUAAAGUUAAGGUGCUAAUUUAAAUAUUACUGAGUGUGUCUUAGCCAGCCUUAGAGAUGACAAAUUCAAUUAUUAAUUGUUAUUUAUUGUUGGUUUUUAUGGACUGGGGUUUAGUGAUAGUAAAGAUAUUAAAAAAAAAUUACAUAAGUCUUGAAAAGUUUUAUAAUAGUAUACAUUUUAAUAAUGAAAUUCAGUAUUUUACACCAAAAAAAAAAUCGAUGAUUUACACUUUUAAGUCUUUGACUGCCAAUAGAAAACUGUUGAAGGCAAAUCCUCCGCUAACGUCGGUCACCGAUGACCACCACGGCGUUCAAUGUGUUAAAUAGUAUGUCUAGUAGAAAACCCAAAAGGCCGGCAUCGCACUUGUAACGCCUCUGGCGAUUGCUUACCAUCAGGUGAUACGUCUGCUCGUUUACCGGUAUUUCAUAAAAAAAAAAAAAAACAAUUUCAAAAGUAAAAUCAUUUUUAUAUAAAUAAUCUACAUGACCAUUUUUUAGAACUUUUCAUUUUUUGGCAGACCAGUUUUUACACUUAUGAAAAUACAGAAAAUGAAUACAAUAAAAUACUAAAAAACAAAAUAUUUUAUGACAAAAUACACUAAAAAACUUUAACAUCACUAAACCCAAGUCCCACUAGUGGACAACAAGCCCACACCUCACAAAGUGCUAGCCCCACGGGGUCCUUAUAUUCGAUGCCUUCUUGCAACCGAGAGUGCCAUUACUAUAAGUAUUAUAUGUUUAUUUAUAUAUUACGUGCCUUCUCAUUAUAUACACAAGGGCUGCAUAACAUAUACUACUCGAAAAAAGCAGCUAUCAAGAUUAUUUUUACUAUAUUAUAAAAAAAAUACAGAUUUUCAGUACUAUUGCUAAAAUAUUUAAGUUACAAAUCUAUUUAAACAUGUUGAACUGAUAAAAAUUUAAUAUAAUAGGGUAGUUGACAGGGUAUGGAAAUUAAAAAUCUAUUUAGUCCGUCAAUUAGGUAAUGAAAAAAUAUUAGACACGUAUUUCUUUAUUUUGUCAUAUAAGAUUACAAUACUUAGAUAAAACGAAUCAAAGUUUAGGAGUGGGAGGUCGUUACGUCACGUUACCCUAUAAAAUGUAGUAAAUCGUGACGUCACACGAUAUUUCAAAUCAAUGUAUCGUCGAAAGUAUUUAAUUUUGUAAGAAAAGAAAAAAAUACGUGUCUAAUGUUUUAAAAUAAUCUACAAGACGGACAUUGAAAUAAAGUUUAUGAAACUACCCAGUUCAGGUAACUAAUGCAGCCCUGUACAAUGAUAUAACGAAUGUGCCAUUAUACAGAAAAUAUUUUACUUUAUAAAUGAAAAUACCUAUUUAUUAUUGUUGAUAUACAAUACAUUUUUAUUGAAAAUUUUACUAAACUAACUGGGCUAUAGGGUGUAAACGUGACGCUCCCAAACGCCGCAAACAGGGGAUGGUAAAAAAUCGAGUAUUAAACAAUUUAAUGUUUAUUUAAUGUAAUAAUAGUUGUAAUCAACUGCUUAAAGGUAAGCGUCCACAGGCCCGCAUCGUACGCAUGCCGUAUGACGUCAUCAGUACGCAUCGCAUGUAGGCAUUGCCGAUGAUGCGGUCCGUACGAUGCGGAUCAGUGGACGCAGUUGUAUGAGUUUCUAUACAAGACAAACUAAAAUCCGUUGCGUGCGAUGCGUCCGAUGCGGGCCUGUAGACGCUUACCUUAAAGCUGAUGUUGCAUGAAUAACAUGAAAACAAAAACGAUUAAAAUUAUAAAAACUAAAAAAAAAAUGGCGUUUUUCGGGAGCGUUCCGUUUACACCCUGUAAAUGACGUUCUGUAAAUUAUUAAACUUACUUAUAACUAAAUUACUUAUAACUUCGAAAUUACAACUAAAGAAGUUAUUACAAAUAUAGUAGAUAUAACAGAACGUCUUAAAAACAGUGAUCAAAUGGUGCAAUUAUUUUGAAAAUAUACUAAAAAAUAUAUUUAAAAUGUGUAGAUGAUAUUCGUAUACCUACUAAUGUACUAAAUAACGCAGCUUAACAAUAACGCAUUUAAACAAACAAACAAACAGAUAAUUAUAUUUUUAUUGUUUUUGUUUUAUAGUGUAGUCGCGGUGUCGACGGGAGAAGUGUCGUGAAAUUAUUUAUAAUAUAUAUUAAGAUUAAUAAUAUACACUUAUAAUUAUAUUUUCUAUGUGUCGCUAGCAAAGUGCAGACUAAGAUGAAUUGUCAGUUGGUAAAAUAUAUUAAUUUAUGUCAUACACGUGCCUUAUGUAAUUCGCAGCUUUUUCUAUAUAGAACACAGACAAUGUACGGUCUGGGUUCGAUUCUCGCCUCGUGUAUAUUUGUAUACUGUGUACUCGUAGUAUAGAUGCCCGCGGAAGCGAUUCGUCCACUGAAGGUAACAUAACACCAAUUCUAGUAGUUUUACAUAUAUAUAUGACUUAUAAAUAUGUAGAGUUAGCAUAUAUAAUGUAUAUUUUAUAAUCGUAGCUCGUAUAAUGCCGGUACAACGUUUUAACAAACUUUUGGAACAUGUAAUUACCACAUUUUUAAUGUAAGUGACGUAGAAAGCCAUAUUUUAUUACUAUUAUUACAUUUACUAUUAAUAUUGCGUGCGUAGUAACACGGGCGAAUGUUCGUGUCAGGCUAAAUCGUGUCUUAUUAAUUUUAAUAAUUAUUAUUAUUCUAUAAAUCUAUACUCCUACUGUAAGACGCUGUUUCAAGCGCUUAGAGUUUCAGGAAAUAUACAUUUUCAUAUAAUUUCCUAUAUGUUGAAUUUUGUUAAGAAAUCCGACAUUUUAGGAAUACUAAAAUUGUUAUUGAUACGAAAAAACUAAUCUGAUUUCAGUUUUAAGAAAUCAGAUAUUCACAAAAUUAUGAUAUUCUAAUUAUUUAGUAUGUAGGUAAAAAAAUAAAGAAAGAUUCAGUACAGAGACAGCAACCAUUGGUUGUCUACAGCCGACUGAGUUACAAAAGAUAUGGCUUCGUUACAAAGCGUACAAUUUAGUAUAACAAUACCUACUGAAUCUAUCUUUUAUUUUCUUACUUACUAAAUAACUUUAAGUGUUUGAAACAGCGACAAAUAAUUUUAAAACUUCUCUAUAAUAAGUAAUAUAUUAAUGAUACUAUAAUAACUAGUUUUGAUACUUAUACUAAGUCUUUUUGAGUACAUGAGUAAUAAAUCUCUUAAAACCAAAUGUAACUAAUAUGUUAUGUUAUUUAAAGUCGCUUUGGUAUCGUUUGUUAAUGUAAUGUUAUGUUAUACGGUAGCUAGAGUAAGCAGCAUGUAUGGGUCGUAUCGGUGUAAUAAACAUGUAACUAAUA